AUGGCGACCCAUGCAUCAGCAACCCCGACCACCACUAACGGCGACGCGCGGGGACCUUUGAGCAACUCCACAGCCGGAAAUAUGUCUGCACCAACGCCUACUGUGAAUCGCAAGAAACAAAAGCGUCGACAGAAACAAGCUGCUCGCUUGGCGGCGGAGCCAUCCGAGUCUCAUACCGCCGGAGCUGCUGCGGACCACCCCGACGAUCGACAUGUCUACGAUGAUAACGCCGACCUUGACACUGCUGACUCCAACCACACGGACCCAGAUACCAUGUACAAGAAUGGAGAGUCCAGUUCUCAGCAUGAUUUCAAUGGAACGACGAUGUCGAACGACCCCGCCGACCAUCCAGAUCAUCCCGGCCAUAAAUCGAAAAAGAAGAAAAACAAGAAAGGCCGGUCUGGCUCUCGCACGCUCGCAGAUGGCAGCUCAACUCCUCUUUCGACUCCCUCCGCUACAUUCUCCCAUCCGCCCCCGCAUUCGCACUCUCUACCCUACGGUCAUCGUUUCCCGGCCAGGUCAGCCAAAGGAAGCAGUAUCUGGAAUCAGUCAUCGUUGGAGGAACGUGAGAACAUUCGGACUUUCUGGUUUGAAUUGGGCGAGGAAGAACGUCGCCAGCUCGUUAAAGUGGAGAAAGACGCUGUUUUGAAGAAGAUGAAGGAACAACAGAAGCACUCUUGCAGUUGCACUGUCUGUGGCCGAAAGCGAACCGCUAUCGAGGAAGAGCUGGAGGUCUUGUACGAUGCAUACUACGAAGAACUUGAACAAUACGCAAACAACAACCAAGGCUCCUUUGACGAAGGUGCUCCCAUUAUCCCUCCCCCUCGACUGUACCAACCCCCUCUCCGAUCACCUGGUCAACAUACUCGCACGCACGGUCAAUUCCACCCAUCACGGGGCCGAGUCCAAGAAUUGCCCGAGGAUGAUGAAGAUGACUUUGAGGACGAUUAUGACGACGAAGACGAGGAAGAUGAAGACGAGGAUGAGCUGUACAGUGACGAGGAGUACGAGGACGAGGACGCGCGUGCUGCUCGGGCCGACUUCUUUGCCUUUGGAAAUAGUCUCACGGUGAAAGAUGGUAUCCUUACUGUAGCCGAUGACCUUCUCAAAAACGAUGGUAAACACUUCAUUGAUAUGAUGGAGCAACUAGCCGAACGCCGCAUGCAACGAGAAGAAGAUACACAGUACAACAUCGCCGCAGCCCACCAAUCUUUCCAUGCCGGUCAUAACCAUGGGCCUCUCGAUGACGAAGACUACGACGACGAAGAUGAUGAUGAUUACGAUAGUCAGGAGGAAGAAGAAUUCGAUGAGGACGAGAUGGAUGCUAUGACUGAAGAGCAGCGCAUGCAAGAAGGGCGACGAAUGUUUCAGAUAUUUGCCGCUCGAAUGUUUGAGCAACGAGUCAUGACGGCAUAUCGAGAGAAGGUCGCCGAGCAGCGGCAGAAGCAGCUUAUUGAAGAACUCCUGGAAGAGGAGAACCGAGAGGAGCAGCGGAACGCCAAAAAGGCCCGAGAAGCGCAGAAAAAGAAGGACAAGAAGCGCUUACAGAAGCAAGCCAAGGAAGAGGAAAAGGCUCGCCGUGAUGCAGAGAAAGCAGCCGAGGAAGCCGCCGCGAAGGCUGCGCACGAGAAGAAGUUGGAGGAGCAACGGAUUAAGCGCGAGGAGCAACGAAAGAAGCGCGAAGCCGAACGCAAAGCACAGGAGGAUGAGCGUGCUCGCAAAGAAGCCGAGAAACAACGGCGUGCCAAGGAAGAGCGCGAGCGUCAAGCCGAAGCCGAGCGGAAGCAGCGUGAGCAAAAGGAGGAAAAGAAACGUCGAGAAGAAGCGAAGCGCAAGGAGAAAGAGGAGCGAGAUAGAAAGACCAAAGAAGCACAGGAGCGCAAAGCUCGUGAGGAACAGGCGAAGAAGGAUCGUGAUAUUGCGACCAGAGCAGAGCAAGCGGCGAAGCCUUAUAUGCAGGCUAAGCCGAUCUCGCAUGUUGGCUCUAUCCCACUCACUUCUGCCCUUCAGUCGCAAGCUCAUCCUGGCUCAUUCCAAUCGCCGCACUACGCUGUGGCUACUCCUCUCGCUCCGAAAGCUUCAACCCCCAGCAGGCCCCGCCAGCCAUCCCAGCAGGGGUCCCACUCUUCCUCUCCUCACUCGCAAACAGCAAGCUCAGAUUUCCCAUUGCAGCCUUCAAUUUCUCCGCGCUCUCUAGCGCAAUCGCAAUCGCAAUCUGGAGCACCGGGCUUUGGUCGACAUUUGCAGCAGCAACCACCUCAGUUGCACCACCCUCAACCUUCCGCUCCUCUCUCGCCUCUUGGUCGCAGUAAUCCGCCUGGUUUCCCGGCCCUCGGUGGUCUGCCAACCAACCCUCCGGGCCUACCGGGAAUGGGUGGUCGGCCCCUUCAUCCACCCGAUCUGCCAAUGUACUCUCCAAAUUCGGCGAUGAUGAACCCCCUUCGAGGCUUCGGUGUCCCCGGAAGCAUUCCUGCACCACCCGGUAUCAAUGGAGUCCGCCCAAUGCCUCCAGGUCGAGGGUUCCCGCUACCUGAAACUGGGCACGGUCUGCCAUUCCCGGGCCAUCAUGGUGUUCCUGGAGCAUUCGCUAUGCAGCAACCUGUUUUGUCGAAGACUCAUUCAAGACAACCAUCUGGCUCGUUCGAACGCUCUCCACUAGAAUCCGGUACGCAGCCGUUCCCUAUUUCGCGUCCAAGCCCUAUCAAGCGCCCGCCGAGCACUGCACAUGAACAGCCGGAGCAUCAUGGCCAUGGUCACCCUCCACCGCAGAGCGACAUUGAUGGCUUGAGCGCGCAGCUGGGAAGCAGCGCGCUCCUCGAUGAUACAGACACUCCUUUCUCGUCGAACUUGUCGCAAUCAUUGCCUGGUGCUCCUGCUCCUGGGCCAUAUGCGUCACCAGCGAGAGCCAGUUUCCAAGGGUCGUUGUUCACGGACUCUCUGGGAGCCAAGCAUACACCUUUUGUAGGUGGUUCUAGCUGGGGUGUGCCUGCGCCUUUCGGAGGGCCCGCUUUCCCUGGUGCCUCUACCUGGGGAGCUACGACUGGCAGCGGUUGGUCUCACAACGCUUUCGCGGCCGGUGGCCUUCACCGACCACACACCUCGCGGCCUGUUACUGUCCGCCUACUGGUAAUCCAAGCCUGCAAAUACCUCAACACUCUCAGCCCACGUGUCGGCUCGGGUGGUUACCAUGAUGUGAACGUCGUUCUCGACCAGGUUGAGCAGUUGCGGUCUCCAUCCGAGCAGGCGAUCUCCCUGGACGAGAUGCUCGAGAUUUGCGACACGGAAGGCAGUUCUCAGAAUGGCGGUGGCUCUUUCUCCAUCAAGAAUGAAGGAAAGGGCCAGUUCGUCAAGUUCGAGCCGGACACGAACAGUGCAGUGGUUGGUCACCGAGGUAGCAUCGUGCCGGGUGAUAUCGGUAGUCCCGUUCCAAGUCAUAGCAAUCCAGCCGUCUUUGGUGGAUUCGGUGCGCCUACGCCCUCGGUGCUGCGACAGUACUCUUCUCCCGCGGCUGGGUUGUUCGGCGGAACUUCUUAA